GCCGGCCUCGGCGCCGCUCCUGAGCGGAUCAUUGGAGCGGAGAUCCAUCAUCGGGUGGUGGACUUGGUAUCUUCGCUUUCUGGAAAGUGAACUGCCGAUUUGUCUCGGCGUGGUGGCCUCUUGAGUUUUGACUGAUCCGUGGGGUCGAUUGGGUUUUCUUCUGUUGGAAUGUGCAUCAAUGAGUUUAUUUGGAAAACUGACAUAUCCUGAGCUUCCUAUGAAUAUGAUAAGGAAUCUGUCCCCACCAGAUCAAGUGUGACAGCCACUUUUGCAGCUAGCUGCCUUAAGUACAUACUACAAAGGAGAAGGGGCUUUGUCUUUGUGAACCGCUUGUAUCUUCAGUUCACACAUAAUUUGAACACAAUUUGAUGCAACCCAUGGCAACCAGAAGGACAAAUGUUAAUGGUGUUUAUUUGGCUGAAAGUUCUUCUAGGCAGGAACUCUGUGUUGUGAAUAGGCAAGCAGAACUAUCAUCAUCAUCAUCCGGCCAGAAAACCAACGCAUGCAGCCGCUCUGAGGACAAGCCUGUGUCACAAAGGCAGGAACCUGAACCCUCCAUGGGAGCAAGUGAUAACAUUGAUUCUCUGGUAGCAAAUUCAAUAGGCAGGCUCAUCUUUGAGGCUGGACUUGAGCCUGGUUUUGUUCACUUGCCGUCUUUUAAUGGGGUGAUUGAUUUGCUCACCCGUGGGGUUCGGAUCGCAAUGCCUUCUUAUGAAUAUAUUCUUCAGGUGCAAAUAAAGGAAGUUCAACAGCGUGACAGGGCUUUGAGGCAACACUGGGAAAAAAGUGGCUGCAGUGUGAUAUUGGAUAGCUGGAAAAGCCGAUGUGGGAAAAGGUUUGUCAGUGUUUUUGUGCAUUGCAGAGAAGGCAUGCUGUUUCUCAGAUCCAUGGACACCUCUACAAUAUUUGAUGAUGUUGAUGAGCUUGCCACAAUGGUGUGUCAUGUGAUUGAAGAUAUUGGUGUUCGCAACAUCGUUCAGGUUAUCAUAAAUGAUGUAUCGCCACAUAUGCAAGCUGCAGAACAUGCUGUGUUAAAGAGAUAUGAGCAGUCAUUCAUAUUCACGGUAUGUGCCGAUCAUUGCAUCGAUCUUCUUCUUGAGAAUAUAGCAGCACUUGAUAACGUGAAAGAUGUCCUAACGAAGGCAAAGGAAAUCACUAGGUUUUUGUAUGGCCAUGCACUGCCAAUGGAACUGAAAAGGCUGUAUAUUGGGGAUGCCGAGAUCAUAAGUAAUUCUAACCUGAAAUGUGUGGCUAUGUUUGACACUCUAGAAAAGCUUGUGUCUUGGAGGGAAAAUCUGGUGGAGAUGUUUAACUCUGCAGACUGGGUUUCCUCUGAUCUGGCUUCUACUAAUCUGUCCAUGGGUAUAUGUGAGGUAGUACAGAUGGAAAAUGCAUUCUGGAGUGCUGCUGCCCACGUUUUGAAGGUCACAGGCCCACUUAUCAGAGUUUUGUACAAACUGGAAGAUGACAAGUGUCCAGUGAGUGUCCUGUAUGAUGCCAUGGAUAACGCAAAGGAAGAGAUAAAACAGAAUCUUGGUGAUGAGCAUGACAGUUACUGGCAGAUGAUUGAUCAUAUUUGGGAUGAUUACUUGCAUUCCCCAGUCCAUGCUGCUGGUUAUUUUCUCAAUCCAGCUAUCUUUUACACCGUUCGAUUCCGCAACGACGCUGAAAUUAGCAGUGGCAUCACAACCUGCAUCCUCCGAGCAGCCAAGAGUCAUUACGACGCAUUGCUCGUGGCUGAACAAAUGGAUGUUUAUCUGAGGAAGUCGGGGCAGUUUGAUUCUGAUCCAGCCAUUGAGGAAGCUGUGGGUACACCUCAAGAUCUCUGGUGGGUGAAGCACGGGACUGGCACGCCGGCGCUGCAGUCAUUUGCGGGUCUGAUCCUAGGUCAGACGUGCUACGGCGUGUCCAGGUACAACCUCGACAGGAGCUUGUCGGAGAGGCUGCACACCGAGAAGAUGGCCUACACCGAGCGGGAGAGAUUCCGCAGCAUGGAGUACGUCUACUACAACCUCCGCCUCGCGAGCUCGGUGCCCCGCGUCGCCGGCCCUCCUGCCGCCCAGCAUGGCAAGCUCACUACCCAGCUGGGCGACUGGGUCUCAGCAUAGCAGCACACCCAUGCGGCCAUGACUGCUUGCUGCUGGUUUGUGGUUGACGCGGCGACCCUCCUGCCGCCCAGCAUGGCAAGCUCACUACCCAGCUGGGCGACUGGGUCUCAGCAUAGCAGCACACCCAUGCGGCCAUGCCUGCUUGCUGCUGGUUGUGGUUGACGUCGAAACUGGCUCGGGCCGGUCUGGUGUGACUUUGGGCCGGUGGUUCUUGUAUUUGUGUAUGUAGUUCUGUACACUACGGGCCGGCCCAUGAAAGAAACCGGAAGCCUGGUGACUUGUGUUUGUUAUACUCGCAUUCUUCUUUUUCCGGCCGGAUGAUUAAUUUUUCCAUGAAUGAAAUGAUUUUGCUGGCUGACUAA